GCAACCCCAGGUUACUCCGGUAGUUUGUUGUGUGCGGGUUCCUGCAGAUCCAGGGCAAGCUAGAACGUUACUUCACGGCUGCGUCUGCCCGGCUUGUGUAAAAGUUGUCACGGUUCAUGCGUCCAUUGCGUGAGUCACCGUAGACUCUUAAAGGCAACAGAUUCGGGACGACCCUUGUGACUGCUUUGAAACUCCACUUGCGGGUUGAACGCAAACAUGGGUUGUAGAGGAUUUAAUUUUUACCCGUUUUGCCUUUCGGUUACUCUGUGACCCGGUUAGUGCUAGAUUGCUAGCCGCACACCUUGACUAGACGCUAAGGGUAAAAGCUCAGAAAAGCAGUAACUUCCCUGGUGGCUUCCAGAGGGGCAGGAAUAGUGCGAUGAUUAGGCCAGCAGCACCCUAGAGAUUUUUACCUCAGGCUUCUCACAGUCCUGGCCUGAUAACGUUCCUGUAUGGUUUUGUGCCAAAAUGAGUGGCCGCUAUUUAGAACAAAGAAUUAGUAUCAAAUUUUGCGUAAAAUCGAACAAGGCUGCAAGUAAGACCCACCACUUUUGAAAGAAGCGUAUGGGGGGUGAAGUGGUGUCGAGGGCUUGAGUAUUUGACUGGCACAAAAGGUUUAAAGAAGGGUGGGAAAAUGUCCGAGAUGAUGCAUGAAGUAACCGUCCAGUCACCCACAGGACGGAUGCAAAUAUCCAAAAGGUCAAGGUUUGUGUGAACAAGCAGUUAACAGUGAGAAGGAUGGCUGAAGAAUUACAUUUAGAGAAAGAAACCAUUAGAUUCGUUCUGAAAGGAAACCUGAACAUGAGAAAAAUGUCUGUCAAAGCUAUAGCAAGUAUUUUGAAGGAUCAGGCUGAACUUGGGGAAAUUUGAGUGUCCAUCUGGUCAUUCAAAGGAAAUUAAGAAUGCUAGUUUAUAGGUGAGGGAAAAGAGAACAAGUUCUGAGAUGUGGAGUUAGCUGCAGCAGAAUGCUGAUGAGGAAAUGUCUCUGCCUGUGUAGAAUCCCAGAAGUCGGUCCCCUGCCAGCCACCUUCUGCAGGGAGCAUGCUCAGCAAGCACCCACACCGAGGUUGCUCAGGCUUGUUUCACAGCCUGAUGUAAUGAGCCAGGUAGUGAGAACCUGACCAGGGGAGCUGUCUUCAGCUGCUUUUCAUCUGUCUCAUGUUCCUCCUUCACACUUGGCAAUGUGAAUUACUGAACUAUGGGGUCCUCUUCCUUGCUGUUCUCCACCAUUUUGGAGGGCUGUGGCUGUUGAUCUCUGGUUCUAGCUUGUUCUUGAUUUCUUUGCCUUAGCAGGUUUGGCUCUCUUCAGUGUCUGCCCCUGUGCUUGUGCUGCUCAGAGGAGCAUGCCAGUGAGAAGCAGGCUUGGAGUAUUAUUUCUUUGCCCAGGGAGUCAUACUCUUCUAAGAGGACCCCAAAAGCAGUCUGACAGUUUCAGUCUGUUUCACAGUCAGGGCCUUAGAGGUAUGCACAGAAGGCAUUGGUAUUCGGAUUUAUUGAGUGGUGUGACCUAGCCCAAAUGAUUCAGGCUUGGCCACUAAUAAGGCAUUGGUAUUCGGAUUUAUUGAGUGGUGUGACCUAGCCCAAAUGAUUCAGGCUUGGCCACUAAUACUUACCUCACAGAGUCCCCCCCCCCCCCGACAGGAGAGCUAGGUUUGUUUCAUUCUCUUGUGCUUCAGACCACCUUUUUUGGGGGGAGGGGGGGUGUUCCUUCUGCCACAAAAGAAAGAUUUGACCCUAGAACAUUUUAGCCAUAAGACCAGGGCCAAGACUAUGACGUCACAUGAGGAGAUCAGGUGAUUCCUUAGCUCCCACAUUAAGAGAGUCAGUGUCCGUCCACACACUAUAUUUAUUUACUAACUUAGGUCCCAGUAGUAUCAGGUGUGUUUUGAGCAUCAACAAUGCAAAGCUCUGAAGUGAGAUUGCUGGGUGUGGGUGGG